AUGAGGCAGCUGGAGAGGAGGCGUGUGAGUCUCUCUGCUGGGCUGAAGAUUGGGGAUCACCGCGGCUGCUGCCGGACACUGGAGGAGGAGGAAGUCCACAUCCCUUUUGCACAGGACAGCCUGGUAAAGCAGUGGAGCUCCAUGCAGAACGUGACAGACAGAAACCAGGAGAAAAGCGAGAUGCCCGUUCAAAGGAACAAGUACUUCCUCAACAUUAACGUGGGCGGCACGUUGUUCCACAUAGCGUGCAAAGUGGCAGCCCGAUAUCCCGUCACCAGGCUUGGGAAGCUGGCCAUUUACACAGACCCUGCGAAGAAGCUGCGGCUCUGUGAUGACUACUCAGUGCAGAAGAACGAGUACUUCUUUGACAGAGAUCCUUCAAUUUUCCACUAUAUCUUCCACUUCUACCGCAGCGGGGUCCUGUGGAUAAUGGACGAGAUGUGCCCCAGUAACUUCGUGGAGGAAAUCGAGUACUGGGGAAUCCAUCUGAAAUACUCCCAGCGCUGCUGCCGGAUCCUGUUUGAGGAAAAGCAAGAUGAACUCAGUGAGAACCUGAAAAUACAGAAGGAGCUGGAGGCAGAACUGGAGCCUCUGGAAUCAGCAGAGCAGUUUGAGGGCAAAUGCUUGGGGCAGUUUCGGAAGAUGAUCUGGAACCUCAUUGAGAACCCUUACUCUUCUGUCCCAGCCAAGAUCAUUGCUGUCAUGUCAAGCUUCUUUGUGCUCAUCUCCAUUGUGGGCAUGACACUGAGCACGGUGGAGGAGAUGAAACACAAGACAGGGAAGAAGUGGAUGGAGCUGCUGGAGAUGAUCUGUGCCAUCUUCUUCACUUCCGAGUACCUCAUGCGGCUCAUAUCCUCCUCCAGCUUCAAGAAGUUUUUGCGGGCGGCGCUCAAUGCUGUAGACCUGGUGGCCAUUCUGCCAUUCUACAUCCAGAUCCUCUUUGAAAAUCUGGACGAAGGAGACACCCUUUACCAUGAGGAGCUGCACCAGAUGGAGAAUGUGAGCAAGUUGGGCAAGGUCCUCAAGCUCAUCAAGCUCAUGAGGAUCUUCCGCAUCCUCAAGCUGGCACGCCACUCCACCGGCCUCCGGGCUUUCGGCUUCACCAUGCGCCAGUGCUACCAGCAGGUUUGCUGCCUCCUCCUCUUCAUCGCCAUGGGGGUCUUCACCUUCUCCGCUCUCAUGCACUCGGUGGAACACGAUGUCCCAGGCACCAACUUCACCAGUAUCCCCUACGCGUGGUGGUGGGCAGCGGUCAGCCUCUCCACUGUGGGCUAUGGAGACACCGUGCCUGACACGGUGCUUGGCAGGAUGGUGGCGUUUGGCUGCAUCUCCUUUGGCAUCAUCCUCAACGGCAUGCCCAUCUCCAUCCUCUACAACAAGUUUUCUGACUACUAUGCCAAGCUGAAGGCCCACGAGAACGAGACCAGCCUCUCCCUCAAGCUCUCCAGGAGGCUCCGCUUCAAGGAGCGAGUUCUGCGGAAGCUGUCAGAGUGCUGCGGAGCUGACCCCCGCUGCCACCACUGACCACCAGCCCCGCACUUCCCAGUGUCCUUCCCACCGAGCCCGCUUCCCUUUCCAGCGCCCAGCGAUGCCACAGGGGCACAGAGAGGGCUCAGGGUGCUGCUGGGCUGGGAGCUGCGGGCGCUGGCCACACUGGGGUGCGGAGCUGGCAGCCAGAGCAUCCCCGGGAACAGACCUUUAAUAAACCAGGCCAGAAUGGUUCGUUGGCCAGCCACUUUGCGUUAAGUGAGUGAACUGUUUGUGCUUAGGGGUGAGCAGUGAGCUGAAUUACCCCCCACUUUUCAGCACACCAGUAUGUCUGAGGAGGUGCUUUGCUGUUCCCUUGAAGUACGGCACAGAUUUAUGACCAUACAGAAACUGUCUUGUGCUGCUCGGAGUGCACGGCCGGGGCAGCAGGACUUAGCCUUGUCCCGCUGGGGCAAUUGGCUGGGCAGGGGGCAAGGAGUGGAC